AUGGAGAUUUGCGGAAUCACCAUCAGCAGCCAACAGUAUGACGAGAUCUCCUCGCGCAUGGGUGAAGGCUUCACCGUGGAUGCCUUAAAGCAUCGUUUCCGUAGGCUGAAGUCGCAGAGCGGCAAGGCCGGCGGCGCCACGCCGCGCAAAGCCGGCACCACUCCGAAGGCCAACAAGACGGGCUCCACGCCCAAGGCCAGCCGCGGAAGGCAGCAGAAGAGGGACGUCGACGAUGACAACGACGACGAGGAGCAGCCCGAGUCCCCGACGAAGAAGAUCAAGCACGAAGAGAAGCUCGAUGAUGAUGCGGGCGAGUCCUACUUCGAUCAGCCCGAGCAAGUGUGA